AUGUCUAUCCAACCCGUUCUCAUGUGGGAAGAACAGGAUGUCUGCCCCUACUCUAACCUCUUCUUCUCUGGCCUGCGCAUGAUCGCGACGCGGCCAGCAUCCAUGAUUGUUCCCCCAUCUGCUCCAUCGCCCAUCGAACCCGAGUCGUCAAAAGCCGCAGGCAAGCGGCCAGCACACAUCCGGAAUGGGUCCUACCCUCAACGGGAUCAUCCCGCACCCCGCGCUGCGUAUCCCAGAAUCAAUACAGACAAGCAGACGCUUGACAGGCGCGUCCGGAGCCCAGGCAAUGAGCAUUCGACUUCCUCCAGGCACGCCGACGGUCUGCACGGUCGUGCGAAGUCGAGGCGAGAGGCAUUUCCCUCGUUCUCAUCCUCCUCGGAUCGACCAGUCUCCCACGAUAGCGACGGAGAGUCCAUCGCGAGCUCCUACAAUGACAUCGAGUACAUCACCUCCCCUCUGAACUCCUUUUUCUCCUUCAACCCCUCGCCCACGGACAGCACCGUGAGCCUCGUCUCGCCCCGGCGCGAGCGGCGCUCCUCGCUCGAGUCCACAAAGACCGUGCCCCUCCCACCGAAGCGCACGUCGCGCGCAGACAAGCGGCGGUCCAUGAUGAGCGUUGACAUCCGGCCACCCAGUCCCGCGCGUGGUCGGGAGGCUGCACAGGCCAACGCCAACGCGCGUGGAGCUCGGUCGAGUGUGGGCGGAUGGGCGGACGAGGUAUUGAGAGAUUGGCGCCAGAGGGUGGACAGCCAUCCAGAAUCACAGGAUGACCGGUCCUUCCUCAUCACGUCGUAG